AUGCCCACCUGGCUGUUACUUACUUCCCUUUUCUGGAGCCUUUCAGAUGGAGGGAAGGUUUUGGUAAUCCCCUUGGAUAACAGUCACUGGCUCAGUAUGCGUCUGGUUGUGGAACGUCUUCACCAGAAGGGACACGAGAUCGUAGUGGUUGCUCCUGACGUGAACAUGAGGAUUGAGCCAUCUCUACAUUACACACUGAAGACAUUUGCUGUGUCCUACACAGAAGAAUACAUGAAAGAACAACUCCAAAAUAUUGGCCAGAACAUUUUUUCACAGCAGCCUUUCCUGGCAAGAAUGACUGAGACGAUUGCAAGAACAAGAAUUAUUUCCACACUUUUCCUCAACACUUGCAAGGAACUUUUGUACAACAAAGAGAUGAUUGCUUACCUGGAGGAAAACCAAUUUGAUGUUGUAUUUAUGGUUCCGGUGUCGCCCUGUGGACAGAUAGUAGCUGAGCGUUUAUCCCUCCCUUCUGUUUACUACUCACGGGGAUUCCCCUGCGGUUUAGAGGCAACUCAGUGUCCAAAUCCACCUUCUUAUGUCCCAAGAUUCUUCACCGGCAACACAGAUCAUAUGGACUUCAGUCAGCGAGUGAAGAACUUCCUUGCUGCCUCUUUGGAAUUCUUAUUUUGUUACCUUCUUUAUUCACCAUUCCAUGUUCUCAGCACAGAAUUCCUUCAGCGAGAGGUGACAGUGUCGGAGCUAUACAGCCAGGCAUCUGUUUGGCUUCUACGCUAUGACUUUGCAUUUGAGCACCCCAGGCCUCUCAUGCCCAACAUGGUCCUUAUCGGAGGUAUAAACUGUGAAAAGAAGAGUCCACUGAUUGAGGAAUUUGAAGCCAUAGUAAAUGCAUCUGGUGAACAUGGCAUUGUGGUGUUUUCUUUGGGCUCCAUGGUCUCUGAGAUUCCGAUGAAAAAAGCCAUGGAAAUUGCUGAAGCUUUGGGAACGAUACCCCAGACGGUGCUGUGGAGGUAUACUGGCGAAGUGCCUCCCAACCUUGCGAAGAACACCAAACUCGUCAAGUGGCUCCCGCAGAAUGAUCUACUUGCCCAUCCGAAAGCCAGAGCCUUUAUCACCCACGGAGGCUCCCACGGGAUUUAUGAGGGAAUCUGCAAUGGAGUCCCAAUGGUGGUGAUGCCCCUUUUUGGAGACCAGAUGGACAACGCCAAGCGAGUGGAAUCCCGGGGAGCAGGAGUGACCCUCAACGUCCUUGAAAUGACUUCCAAGGACCUCUCUGAUGCACUGAAGGCUGUUAUUAACGAUAAAACGUACAAAGAGAACAUCAUGCGUCUUUCGGCCCUCCACCUGGACAGACCCAUCCACCCUCUCGACCUUGCUGUACAUUGGGUGGAAUUUGUGAUGAAGCAUAAGGGUGCUCCUCAUUUACGACCGGCGGCCCAUGACCUCAACUGGAUCCAGUACCAUUCUAUUGAUGUUUUCGCCUUCCUCUUGGCUGUUCUCCUCCUCGUUCUCUUCAUCUCACUGAAGUGCUCUCUCUUCUGCUUUAGGAAGUGUUUCGGCAGGAAAGGAAGACUGAGCAAGAAAAGCAAAUCAAAAUCCCAGUAA